AAAAGACAUCGCCCAGCGCACAUCUCGAGACUUGAUGGCUAGUAUUGACCCUCGCACGACUUCCGAGUUCUCAUCGAGGGCCGCUGAAAAUGUCGACACCACCAGGAAGGGAGUAUUACAAUCUACCAAAAGCGAGCCCGCGCAAAGGAUAAGCGACCCGUUCGCCAACCACCGGACGCAUGACAAUGAUCCAUUUGACAGAUCUGUAUCUACCGAGCCAGAUACUGGCACUUCUCCAUCUCAAGUUGAUAGGCGGAUGAGCAAGGAAUGGGACGCAGCCAAGGUCCCGCCGUCAAGGUUCCAACUAAGGGAAGGGAGCAUAUUUUCGACAUCGAGUUCGAGGGAUAGUCAUAUAACACGGAAGGACCGCGAUGUUGCUUACCAUGCGAAACUAAAGGAGAAGGGCUGGCUGUAAUCCGAUUUUGCCUCGUGACGUCACUUUAUUUCGAACUUCACGGUUGUCUCUUCCAACAUUCGAACGGAGAACUAUACACCUGCAUCCCGUGCAGGUUCAAACUAGGACUCACAUAAGCCUGACGUGAAGCCGAUAACUCAUGGAUGGA